AAGGCAGCACUUUUGGAACAGACCCUCAGUUUACAGCUCUGGAAAAAAUUAACGGACCACUGCAAUUCUGAAUAUGACCAUCAACUCAUUCCAAUAUCACUCGGCAACCGUAGGAUGACAUCAGAGAAAUGUGCAGUGGUCUCCACAUUUUUUUCCAGAGCUGUAUAUAAAGCCACUGGUGCACAGACACCUGCUCUACCAGCAUUCUAAUAAAGCUCUGAGAGGCCUGGAGGCUACCCUCUCUGCCUCUUUGCUUGCCUAAUGAACUCCCCUAUGAGGUCAAACAGCUCUUGUGAUUGCACGUGAACAAGGGGAGAAGGAGGGAGUGAGAGAGAGAGAGAGAGCAAGGGGGGAGGGGUGGAGGAGGAGGGGGAUGAGAGGAUGGAGAGAAACAGAUCCUCCUAGGGAAGAGUUUGAGAAGGGGAGGAGAGGAGUGGAAGGGAGGAGGAGGAGGAAGAGGAGGAGGCGGAGGGGGGUGAUAUUUAAACCUGCUGGCGCCACUCUCCCUUCAUCCACUCUCUUCUCUCUAUCUGUCUCUAUCUCUCGCUCGCCCCACAGAAGACAAAGGAGCCUCUCCACCAGCUCUCAGUAGUCCAGAAAGCCUGGCACAAGAAGAAGCAAGAUGGCCAACUCACGCGCACGCUCACGGUGUAACGUCAUGUCCAAAGAGCCUAGUUCCAACCUGGAGAGCGCCAUGCAGAUGCUCAUCAAGACCUUCCACAAGUACUCGGGCAAGGAGGGCGACAAGUACACGCUGAGCCGUGGAGAGCUGAGGGAACUACUCACCGAGGAGCUGGGGAACUACCUAGGGAGUGCGCAGGACAAAGACGCGGUGGAAAAGGUGAUGAAUGACCUGGACUCCAACAACGACGGCGAGGUGGACUUCACCGAGUUCAUCAUCCUCAUGGGUGCGCUCACCGUGGCUUGCAACGACUUCUUCCUUGAAAUGCCCAAGAAGGACGAAAAGCCGGAAGAGGCGAAGAAAGAGUGAACGCGCUCAGGGGUGGAGGAGGAGGAGAAGGAUGGAAGGAUGGAGGGAGAGGAGAAUGGAGGUGGAGAGGGAAGGUGGGAGAGAGGGAUAGAGGGAUGGUGAAGAAUAAAUAGAUGGAUAAAAGAAAGGAAGACUAAGAAGAUAAGUAAAGUGAGGGGAAGGUAUAAGAAACCAGUAUUGUUUUUCUUUUUUUUGGGGGGGGGAGGGGGGGGUUGACAGAUGUAUCUUGUGUGGGAUGAUGGGGAGACAACUAGAUUAGUGAAGGACAGUUUGAUCAGGGUGAGAGAGAAGGAGGGAGCAGAAGAACACAUUGCAUGACUACUUGAACAGACUAACACUCCCGUGUUCCUGGAAAACCAUGAAUACUGCUGGUUUAUUUAUCACUGAGCCUCACCUCUUGAGCACUUACAUGUAGUCACAUAACAACAGCAACCGAUACCCCUUCAUCCUCAGCGUUAUCACAGCACAAACAAAGGAUUUGGGAAAUACGGAGGUAAAACACGGAGUAAGCUGACAUCCAGGAGUGAACCGUAGUGUGUGUUGUUGUUGGUCUGAUUUUGUUAGUGCACUUCUGAAGUCAGGAUGCAAAAGGGGACCGUUCAAUGUGGCUCAGACUGUAGUUGGAUCGGGCCUGGAGCUUGACCAGAUGAUGCAAUCUGAACCAGAUCAGACCUAGCUUUCUCCCACAGAGCCACCUGUUAUUAUUAGGGCCAUGUUGUCAUGUCUCCUUUGUCACUUACCUUUAGGUGUAUAUUUAGACCGGAGCCAUGUCCUAUAGCUAAGGCAGAGCUCAUGGUUAUCCAGGAACAGGUUUUCCCUUUUCCUUUAACCUGUGAAUCAUUCUAAUUAGUGCCUCUUGGCUAAGGACAAGAACAUGCAAAGAAAACACACACACACACACACACACACACACACACUCACUAAUACACCAUUUGUGUUUUCUGACCGUGGGAAAGGGAGGGAAGGGGAUAUGAGUGAAAGGGUGAGACAGAGAAAAGCCCUCUACUGUACAGAAAGGAGUGACAGAAGGUCCUUUGAAGGGUAUUAUAGUUACGCAAUAUUAUCGAUAACAUUAUCCUCUCAGUGUUGGACAUAUGAGCAUGUUUGCCUGUUUCCUUGCACCUCUUUUGUAACCUAUUUUUUGUUAAUAUCCCACAUAACUUCCUCAUUAAA